AUGUGCAGCGAACAAGCCCUCAAGGUGCUCGAAGUGGGGAAGCUCAACAGGGUCAAGGGUCUAUGGAAGGAGUUUCUCUUAACCUUAUUAAGAGGACAACCGGUUAUUUGUGUUUCCAGAGUCCUAGUUGCUUUGAAAGAACAAGGCAACAAGUUGCAGGCUGAGGGUGUCAACAAUCUACAGAAUUACCUGGAGGAACCAGAAGGGCAGUACCUCAUCCAGCAACUAGUAUCGAAGGAGUUGUUCAUGUAA